UUUGCAAUCAUUUGUUUUAGAUUGAAGAAUUGAGUUGAAUUAUUGAACACAGCCGUUCAAGGUGUUACACGGUGGUGUAUCGGCGUUGAUAGCGGAGUCGUUGGCUAGCAUAGGGGCCCACAUGGCAUCUGGUUUCAGUAGAGUGGCUGGUAUUCACCUUAGCAUUAAUCAUUUGAAACGUGCUGAGCUUGGUGAUCUUGUUUAUGCUGAGGCUUCCCCCAUCAAUGUUGGAAAGACCAUUCAGGUAUGGGAGGUUCGACUCUGGAAAAUUGAUCCUUCAAACUCAGACAUAAAGUCUAUGGUUUCUUCCUCUAGAGUUACUCUUGUAGCCAACAUGCCUGUGCCUGAUAAUGCCAAAGAUGCUGGAGAUAUUCUCAAAAUGGUUGCUAAAUUGUGAACCAGGCUAUUAUCUUCUCUUAUUACUUGAGUGGAUCAUUAUGCUUGACACUUGUUUGGAAAGUAAUAUAUCAUUAUGCUCAUCUCAUUUCUGAGUUACCAAUCUCAAUCAAUGUUGUUAAUAAGUCCGCUGCCAUUACAACUGCAUUUCUCGUAAAUUUCAAUAUAUAAAGUAGCAGAGCCGAGGUUGAUGUCGCCUUAAAUUUCAACACCAAAUAAAUUUAGUGAAACCCAUUCGUAGU